AGCUGUGCCGAGGGAGUUCUUUCCUGCCCCAGGCUUAGUAAACGUCGUGCGAGGCACCGUGCCCAGGCAUAGAGGUCACCCUCGGGAGAUUUCAGUGAAACCUGGAGCGGAAGAGCCGGUGCCUGGAGUCGAGCCUUAGGUGGCAGCUCAGCUGCUGGACUUGGUUUUGGGGGCGAUGACUGUGCCUUCCAGGCGUUGACAGCUCGCCCCCGCCGCCCGCGGAAAAGCCACCCUCAGGGCUGGACAAGAGAUGAUGCUAGGUGGAAUCUGCAGCACCUGAAGAGCUGCCAGUUGUUACGGGAUUAAAAAAGAAAUCUUUAAUGGCCACAGAGUUGUAUUAUAAUGAGGCUUUUGCUAUGGCUAAUGACCCCUUGGAAGGCUUCCAUGAAGUAAACCUAGCUUCACCUACUUCUCCAGACCUUCUUAGUGUAUAUGAAUCAGGGACUCAAGAGCAAACUACCUCAGCAAGUGUCAUCUACCGGCCACAUCCUUCAAAUUUAUGCUCCACUCCUGUCCAGGCUAAUGCAUUGGAUGUUUCUGAUCUUCCUACACAACCUGUGUAUUCACCCCUCAGACAUUUAAACUGUGUGGAAGUAUCUAAUAUCAGCAUUCAUGUUACAGAACCAGCAUCUUGUGUUACCUCAGGAGUUUCAUCUGGGAUAACUAAAUCAACUACAAGGAAGGAAAGCUGUAAUGCAGAGAGGGAGUUUUUACAGGGUGCUACAGUCACAGAGGCUUGUGCUGGUAGUGAUGAUAUAUUUGGUUUGAGUACGGAUAGUCUAUCCCGUUUACGAAGCCCAUCUGUUCUUGAAGUUAGAGAAAAGGGCUAUGAAAGAUUAAAAGAAGAACUUGCAAAGGCUCAGAGGGAACUGAAGUUAAAAGAUGAAGAAUGUGAAAGGCUUUCAAAAGUUCGAGAUCAACUUGGACAGGAAUUGGAAGAACUCACAGCUAGUCUGUUUGAGGAAGCUCAUAAGAUGGUGAGAGAAGCAAAUGUCAAGCAGGCAACUGCAGAAAAACAGCUGAAAGAAGCACAAGGGAAAAUUGAUGUUCUUCAAGCUGAAGUAGCUGCAUUGAAGACACUUGUAUUGUCCAGUUCUCCAACGUCACCUACACAAGAGCCUCUGCCAGGUGGAAAGACACCUUUUAAAAGGGGGCAUACAAGAAAUAAAAGUACAAGCAGUGCUAUGAGUGGCAGUCAUCAGGACCUCAGUGUGAUACAGCCAAUUGUAAAAGACUGCAAAGAGGCUGAUUUAUCUCUGUAUAAUGAAUUCAGAUCUUGGAAAGAUGAGCCCACAAUGGACAGAACGUGUCCUUUCUUAGACAAAAUCUAUCAGGAAGAUAUCUUUCCAUGUUUAACUUUCUCAAAAAGCGAGUUGGCUUCAGCUGUUCUGGAGGCUGUGGAAAACAAUACUCUAAGCAUUGAACCAGUGGGAUUACAGCCUAUUCGACUUGUUAAAGCUUCUGCAGUUGAAUGUGGAGGACCAAAAAAAUGUGCUCUCACUGGCCAGAUUAAGUCCUGUAAACACAGAAUUAAACUAGGGGACUCAAGCAACUAUUAUUAUAUUUCUCCUUUUUGCAGAUUUAGGAUCACUUCUGUAUGUAACUUUUUCACAUACAUUCGAUAUAUUCAGCAAGGACUUGUAAAACAGCAGGAUGUUGAUCAGAUGUUUUGGGAAGUUAUGCAGUUGAGAAAAGAAAUGUCAUUGGCAAAGCUGGGUUAUUUCAAAGAGGAACUCUAAUGCACUGCGUGGGACCAUGCACGAACCUUCCCGAACAACUGGAAAAUGGCUGAAUGUUUGUGGUUACUCAAUAUUUAUUUCCAAGAAGUGGGUCCAAGACUUUUCCCCCC